GCUGCUGGCCAAUCAGCGUCGAGGAAGCGUAUCUGCUCAGAUAACAAGGACUCAUCAACGAUGGGUAAAACAAAGCCUAAGACCCAGUCCUUGAAGAGGCUUCCGAGCUCUUUGUUUUAUACAGAGGGUGAUUUCUCCUCCGUGAGGGAGUUGCACCCUCAGGUUAUCGUCAUUGAUAAUUUUUACUCCAAGAGGUACGCUAAGGAACUGGUGACGGCUUUCAACAGCUUACCACUGGAGACGACGCCCUUGAAGAAGUCCAAGAACUAUGCUGCUAGGGUUAACGACAGAUUGAGCGUGGAGGACAGAGACGCCUCGACAAACCUCUGGAACCACCUGAAGAGAACUCUUCAGCUGCACAGGCUAGACCAGUUUGACGGUGCAAAGUGUCUGAGUUCCAACAUUAGGGUGUAUCGUUAUACAAAGGGACAGUAUUUUGACAAACACGUGGACGAGAGCCAGUGGACGGAUGGUGGGCGUACUCACUGGACCGUGUUGAUCUAUCUAACCGGCCCUAACGAGGGACUACGAGGUGGUGAGACUGUUUUCUACGAUGAGGAUGAAGUACUGAGUGUUGAGCCUAGGACCGGUUCCGUAUGCCUCCAUAGACACGGUGGUGGAGACUGCUUAGAACACGAGGCAAUGGAGGUUCUGGAAGGCGAGAAGUGGGUACUGAGAAGUGAUAUAGUGUUUUGAAUUGUAUAUGUAACUGCUUAAUCUGUA